UCCUUCGCUUUUCAUCUUUUGUCCUCUCUCCAGUUAUUGAUACUCAGUUGCUCUGUUGUUUGUUUUCCAACAAAAUUAAGCCAUGGAAGCCUGUUUUUCACCCCAUAAUCUUUGUCAAGAAACCUCUGCAGCCACACUUCAGCAACACCUCCAGUUCAUACUUCAAAACCGUCCUGAAUUUUGGGUCUACUCCAUUUUCUGGCAAGCCUCCAAAGACGGCCACAAUGCCAUUUCGUUAUCAUGGGCCGGUGGUCAUUUCCGAGGGACCAGAGACUUCUCAUCCAAAACAUCAACCACUAAUAAGCUAGAUAACAAUUACCAACCAACAAUAGGGUUCGAUCUGGAGACACCAAAGAAGGGGAUCAACAAAGAAGUCGAAGCUUUGUUCCAUGAAGACAUGAACAUGGACGGACUGUUCGACAUUAAUGGAGAUGUCACUGACUCGGAGUGGUUUUACUUCUACACCGUUUCUAAUUUGACACAGUCCUUUGCUGCAGGCCUUGAGAGUAACAACAUUCUUGGCCAUGCAUUUUGUUCUGGUGCUUUUGUUUGGUUGGCAGGCGACCACGAGCUUAGGUUCUAUGAGUGUGAGAGAGUUAAAGAGGCCCGCAUGCAUGGAAUUCAAACUCUUGUUUGUAUUGCAACACCCUUUGGGGUGCUUGAACUGGCUUCUUUAGAAGUGAUUAAACAAGACUGGGGUUUUGUGCAGCUUUGUAAGUCUAUUUUUGGAUCUGACCUAAUAACAACCACCGCCAGCGUCUCAAACUCAAAGCAGGGUCAUGUUCAUGUUCCUCAGUUACAAGAUGGGAUAUUUUCAAGAUCGGUUCAGAAGGAGUGGACCACACAAGGUGAUAUGAGAAAAACUGUCAACCUAAGUGGAUCUUCAUCUGAUUCCGGGCCUUAUAAAAGCACAUCAAACACUAGAUUAAAAGAGAGAGGAAGAUUUGAUAAGCAUGUCAAUGCCAACCAAGAUUCACCAAUAAGCCAUUCGAAGGCAGAGAGACAACGCCGGGAUAAGCUUAAUCAUCUAUUUUAUGCCCUUAGGUCCGUUGUUCCUAAUGUCUCAAAGAUGGAUAAAGCUUCGACACUAUCUGAUGCAAUUGUAUACAUCAAUAAAUUGAAGACAACGAUCGAGGAGUUGGAGGCCAAAAUCCAAGCAAAACCCAAGAAACCCAAAGCAAGCAUCAUGAUUGACAAUAUUCUUGAUAGCCAAAGCACCAGCACUGCUGCUAUGGAGGUGGAUGUGGAUGUGAAGAUUGUAGGGUCAGAAGCCAUAAUUCGAGUUUGGUGUCCGAAUAAUCAGGAUGAUCCAUGUGCUAGAUUGAUGAAUGCACUCAGAGACCUUGAAUUACAAAUUCAUCGUGCAAGCAUAUCUAGUGUGAAUGAGUUGAUACUUCAAGAUGUUAUAGUAAGAGUUCCUGAUGGAUUCGCAAGCGAGGAGGUCAUCAAAACCGCAAUUAUUAAUAGAUUUUAGAACUAGCACAUCUUUCUUGCUCGCUAAUAAGGAUCAAUCACAAUAAAACGUAUCAUGUUGUUGCUUAAAGUUAG